AUGUCGCCUCUAGGGUCCAGUGUCAGUUUGGAUUUAAGUGUAGUUCCCUUCAAAAUGAGAAAGCGGCUUGGUAAGGUUGACAGGUGACAGUGCUGUAGCGACGAUUUGUUGUGUCAGAUGGCUUUAUGUGUCAGUAUUAUGCAGUGCUCUUUUUGACAAUUUUAAGUAGUGUUUUUUUUAUGUUACAUAAGACUUUGGGCUAUUCAUUAAACAGUUAAUUAAUGGUAAAAGGGGAAAAAUUAGGCAAAAAAUAAAAUGGUCAGCUACAUUUACGGCUUGAAUAUUUUGGCUUAAAUUUUGCACAUCAAGUUUUCAGUUCAUGCCAUAUAACUAUUUGGUGAACAGGUCUGUGUGCAUUGAGAGAAAACUGCUACGCUGGGUAAUAUGUUAGCGCACUACAAAUAUGAAUAACCUGCAUUGGAUUUUGGGAUUGGGUAGUGAUAAAACAUUAUGCAUUUUCUGCAAUGCCACAUAAAUCUUAGUUGUUGUUUGUUUGUUUGUAUGUUUGGUUUGUUGUAUGUUAGUUUUGUUUUUUUUUCCUAACCAUUUAAUGUUAAGUGAUAUUGACGAAAACAGUAAUAUUGCAACAGAUUGCUGCAUCUACUAUUAAAGACGUAUCUGUGGAUUUGUGAUGUUAAAUUGUUACAAUAUUUUUUUUUUUUAAAUACCUCUGUUAAAGUGUUAUCUCCAUAUUUAUUGUAAAGUGUCUAUUUCUCGCAGAUAGCCGGAUUCAUGAGGUGAACAGGAUGAAGAGCAGAUAUCCUUCAAAAAUACCGGUAAGAGAAAAGGGGGUUUAAAAAAGAAAUCUUUACAAGCAAGGAGGAUGUAUAAACUUGCAGCUUUGCGAUAGGAUUUAAUUGGGACCUGUACAGAUAUAUGAUAUGAUAACAGUAACACAGUUCUACCCUAUUUUGAUUGGCCUGAAUGGGGGUUCAUUCAUUAUUCUGGGGCAGGGGUGGGGAACCUUUGGCACUCCAGAUGUUGUGGACUACAUCUCCCUAGAUGCUUUGCCAGCAUUAUGACCGUAAGAGCAUUAUAGGAGAUGUAGUCCAAACAUCUGGUGGGGGGGGGGAGGUGGGGCUUCCCCACUCCUGUUCUAGGGUAUGUGGACAAGGCAAUUGCAAAUUGCAGGUAAAUUUACCUGAGGCAAUACAAAAUAACUGAUCUGGAGAAUUAUUUCCAAUUUGGCUAAACAUUUGCAGUUUCUUUACCAAGUCUCCACAACUAAACUAAAGUUUAAUGAAUAAACCCCACUGUUUAUAAAAUCUCAAUGUGGAAAGGAGGAAAAUGCAUAGAGAUUAAAAUGUAAAUACAUUUUUAAUACACCUAAAAAUAUUUAUCUUCUUUUUAGAAAGUGAAAUAGGGUAUACGAGUUGUCAUGAGGGCAUGUUCACUAAACAGAGAUGUGAAAAAUAAUUCAGACACAAAGUGCAAAAUUUAGGCUAAAGAAGUGUUUGAGUUGGAGAUCUUUUCUAAAUUAGCAUUCUGCCUGCAUUUUGCAUCAUAAGAAUUCACAGUUUGGUAAAUAAACCUCUUUGGGUAAUUCAGUAAACCACACAUUGUUGGGAAUUUAAAUUUUAAUACUGAUGGUAUUUUGUCCUAAAAUUUCAGGAAUUCAGUUUACUUAAUUGAUAGUGUUAGGUCUUACCUAACUAUGACCUCCAAACAGUAGCUAUAGUUAUUAAAGGGUUUCUCCAAUUCUUUUUGCCAUAUUCUAAAAAUAUUUUAAAGACGUUUUACUUACCUAAAUCCAGCGCCGAGGAAAGCUCCUGGUGCACUCCUUUUUGUCAUCACAGGUGCUGCACAGCGGUCCAAUCAAAGGUUCCUUUGAUUUGACCAUCUAGGCGGCUCAGAGCACACGUGGCGCUCUGAGCCAGCAAAAGGAGGGGUAAAGGGAGGUAAAGAAUGGACAAGGAGGGGGGUUGUCUAAAAAAGAAAAAAAAAAUGUAAAAAAUAUGGGAUAGGGAAGAGGAGGGCUGCAAACAGUGUAGAAGUGUAGCGGGGGUGCACUUGAUGUUUGAAGUGUGUGUCCAGUUUUAAAUUUUUAAAAAAAUGGAGAUAUUAAUACAUAUUGGCAUUUUUCUAAACUAACCUUGUUACACCCAGUGGCUUUCAAGCAGACUUCAGGUCCUGUUACUUCCUGGUUGGAUAGCUCGGUGGUGCUAAACUCAAGAUGCAGCAAUUUCUCAGAGCUCCUGCCUUGCACAGAUUUUUUAUUGACCUGCAUUAGAAUGUCUGUGAUUGAACAAUUACAAUAGUCUGAGCUGGGGAAGAGAGGGAGGGCUUGCAAAGGCUGCACACAAGAAAUUUACACCUUUUGCAAAUGGUUUUUAGAUAUAUCCCCAAUGAAAAAAAUGCCUAAUUAAAUGAGUACAUGUUUUCAAUGCCUAAUUAAAUGAAUACAUGUUUUUCAAUCUAGUAAACAGUGUUUUUUUAUUUAUGCAGUGGAAAGUAAAAAAAGUUUUACAUAAACCUUUUCUAGCAUUGAGUCUCACUAUGUGCAGCCGCCCACUCCGCCUCAUGUGACAUCAUCCUGAAGGCUGUCUACUCAUCCAAUUCCAAUCCAAAGCUUGUCACAGGGAAGAAUUGAAUGCAAUGCUUUCCUAUAAUAAGCAUCAGAGGACAUUUUAAAAACUAUUUUACAAUAAUGCGUACAACCAAAUAAAAAAAAAUUAUAUGGCGGCAAUACCUAAUCGAGCGCAACACGCUGACCCGCUUAGUUUCUCCAGCAUAGUGCUGGCGAUAGCAGCAGCAAUAAUUCAUACUCACAAUCAUCUUCCACCUCAGAUGUUAAAUGUGUUUUGAAAAACAGAGCAUAUAUUAAGAAUUUCCACUUCCUACACUCCAUGCCUUCGUCAAAAUGACUCCCACACAUUUUUCCUUUGCAGUUGUCUUAUUCUUCAUCUCUCUAUCUCUUCAUCCUCAGGUCAUUGUCGAAAGAAAUCACCGAGAGAAGCUCUUGCCUAAUCUAGAAAAGAUCAAAUACCUGGUGCCCCCAGAAGUCACCCUUGGGCAGUUUGUCAGUAUGAUCAGGUGAGAGGGGAGAUGAAUGAAGCUAUCAAAAUGGAUGCAUGUUUGAGGCAGGGGAGCAAAAUAAAAGAAUGAAGAGCCCAACUCUAGCAUUUUAGAUAAAGGCCACGUUAGCCUGACUACUACAAAUGCAUGCAUUCAUUCUUUGUAUUAUAGCCUUAUGGAAUAAAACAUACGCAUGCUGAGGGUGUGUAUAUAUAACGCACUACAGGAUCGGCUGAGGGUGUGUAUAUAUAAAAUGCGUACACCACUGCAAACAAAACCAGUUCAGGUGUAUUUCAUAUGUUCCACCACAAGAGUACAUGAAUUGCACUUAUCUUAAAACAUUUAAACAUUCGAAGAAAGAUUAGCAAUACAUUUAAAAAAAAAAAACAUGAUUUGUUGUGUUUUAUCGUCUUCGAUUUAGUACCAGUGCACUUACAAGUGUCACCUGCAGUCUCUGUAUAAAUGGAAUGUUUACUGACAGGUAUAUAAAAUCCCAUAACUAAGCUCAGGAAGUUUCUCUGUGGUACUUAUAAUAUUUGCAGUGGCUCAGCUAAGUCAGAAAAGGAAGUCCUGAAGUUAAUCAAGCAUGAAUGAAAGGGCAAGGAAGCAUUCCAAAAGCAUUUAACCAAGGCUGGGUCAGGGAGAUUGUAUCUCUUUAAAUGUAGGGUUGUGUCAAUAUGGCUAAAACAGAGAGAUAAGCCAUCAUAAACAUUUCCAUAUCCUAUGCUCCCAGGCAAUGUUUAUAAAACCUGCUGUCUUUGAAGCAGGUGCCAUACAUACUUCGUCAGGCCGGCAUAAGGAGCUGUGAUUUCUUACCAGGCUGCACACAAGAUACUUAGACCUAUACAUUCCACUGAUAAUAUUACGAUUGUUUACAAAGCACUAUAGCAACACUGUUCAGUGAGCGGAACAGUCUAAACUGAGACAUCCUAAAUUAAAAAAAAAGUAAAGUAAGAGGAAUGGCAGCCCUACAACUAGAUCGAUCAUGUGACUGGUCAAAUAACACUUGCCAUGCUGAUAGGCAGUUUGUGCAAUGUUCCUACAGAAUAUUGCAUUCAUUACUUAAUGAAGGCAGUCCUAAAAGGAUUUCUCGUUCAUUUUUUGACCCUACUACAGAAUGAUUUCUGCACACUGGAGGCUCUCAACUGCAUCUAGAAUGCCAAGAGGUUUAACCCCUUAAGGACCAAACUUCUGGAAUAAAAGGGAAUCAUGACAUGUCACACAUGUCAUGUGUCCUUAAGGGGUUAAGGGGACACGGUAGUUGCCACAACUACACCUUAUUGUAGUGGUUCUGGUAUCUAUAGCCUGUUCCUGCUGGAUUUUCAAUGCAAACACAGCCUUUUUUAGAGAGUUUUUACAUUACUACCUAGAGACACUACGGAUGGCAGGCACUCAGACAGCCACUAGAGGUGCUUUCUGGGUCAGUGCUGCACAGUGUGCAGCAAUGACGUUCAGCGUCUCCACGCUCUGCAUGGAGGCACUGAACACUCCACAUGGAGAUGCAUUGAUUCAAUGUAAUUAUGUUUUGAUCAUUGCAUCUCUAUGAGGAAAUGCUGGUUGGCGCUGCUGUGCAUGCGCAAUAGUCUCCCAAUGCUUUCCUAUGGUAAAGCAUUGGAUUGGCUGAGAUCAUCAAGUUUGAUGAUCUCAGCCAAGGAGGAGGAGCCAUCCGCGACAAGACUUAUGCAGCGCUGGGCGAAAAAAAGUGAAUAAAAUCACCGUUUUGAACAGCCAUAAGGGGCCUAAAUAGCUCAUUUAGAAUUACAGUGUCUGAAAUACACAUUUGAAUUCCUGACACUAUUGUGUUCCUUUAAUCACUAAAUUAGAUUUUUUUUUGUUAAAAUAGCUGAAAUGCUUAUUUUCCAGUAUUGUUAUUUUAACUUAAAUGUGCCAUUUGGUGAACAGAUAGACCCAACUUUGACAUACAAGAGACAAAGAAAGCAGCUAGUCCAUGCACGGGCAAAAGGGGGACCAAGUAAAUGAAUACAUGUAACCAAACAUGCCAGUGUGUUUACAUAUAACUAUAACCAUUAGACAAUCUGUGUUAAAAAUCCCAAUGGUUUUACAAUUAAUAUGUGAUACUCUAUCACCUGUGUGGGUUUCCCUUAUCCCACACCAACAAAUUAUGAAACAAAAAUAUAUAUACACCAGGCUCGGACUGGCCAUUGGGCAAACCGGCAACUACCCGGUGGGCCGCAAUGGCCAUGGGCCGAGGCCGGUAGGAAAGAUCAAGAGAUCUCUCCUACCGGCCCAUGCAGCAUAGCACCGGCCCAAAGAUGGAGUUCUGUCCUAUCAUGGGACGGAGGGGAGAUCAGGCAGUGAGCCGGUCAUCCUCCGUGCACACCGAGCAGCUUCCUUCUCCCCCUCAUUCGCGAGCUCCGAGAUUAUCACGGAAUCUGAUGGUGCUAUAUAAAUAAUAAAAUAAUAAUAAUAAUCAGAGCAUUGCCAUGGUAACCCGCGGCAACGCACUGAAAAAAAUGCUCGCGGGAGGGAGAGAGACAUGGUGUGUACCCUGUUGUACGGCAUGGCCCCCUCUCACUGGACCACCAGGUAUCUGAAUGCACCCUCUCCCCCCUGCAAAGUUGUAAAAGGGAGUAAAUGGGAUUUUUUUUGGUUUGUUUUACAUUCUGCUCCCCUGCACUAACACACAAACACACUACACACACUGCACUAACACACAAACACACUGUACACACUGCACUAAUACACACAUACUGUUUCCCUGCACUAACACACUGUACACACUGCACCCCCUGUACUAACACAAAAACAUACUGCUCCCCUCACAUACACACACGAACACACUACACACCCUGAACAAACACACAAACAUACUGCUCCCCAGCACUAACACAAAAAACACACUGCACACCCUGUACUAACACACAAACGUACUGCUCCCCUGCAGCAACACAUAAACACACUGCACCCCCUGCAUUAACACACAAACAUACUGCUCCCCUGCACUAACACACAAACACACUGCACGGACGCUUUACCCCUCUAUAAAUACUACACACACUCUAUAUCCCUGUAUGCACAUUACACCCCCUGCACUCACACAAACACACUACACACACUCUACACCUCUUAUAUACACACUAUACCCCCGGCACUCACAUACACACAGUAAACACACUCUGUACCCCCUAAACAUACACUACACUUCCUGCACUCACAUACUUUAUACCCCUAUAAACACACACAUUACACCCCCUGCAUGCACACACUAAUUUACAUCCCCUAUAAAUACACAUUCUUCACCCCCUGUACACACUACACCACCUAUGCAUACAUUACCGCACCUAUACACAUGUGCUCUGUAGCCCCUACAUGAAUACACACAUACUUUACAACCCAGAAACACACACACACACACUACAGCCCCUAUCCACAUGUAGCACGCCACAUACAGACCCCUUUACACACACAAUCCAACACAAAUAGUCAUUUGGUGGGGAGGGGGGGUGCGUGUCAAUGGUGGUGACAUUACAUGUCUGCUUUCUGGCCCCGCCCCUCCCAUGGGCUGCUCUGCCUUUAAUUGCCCAGGCUGAAUUUUUGUCCCAGUCCGGCCCUGAUAUACACGGUGGAGUAUCUUACAUUUAGUCUUGAAAUACUGUAUGCAAUAAGUACAGAGGAAGUUGGUUCCUAAAAGUGAAUAAAAAAAGUAAAACAAGCACUAGUGCAAUAUCGUCUGUCAACUAGUGUUCAAUACAGUAAGUAUAUGAAGGUACACUCACAAGUAAGGAGCCAGUAUAUCCUUGGCUCAAAAUAUCAGCUUAGUGGGAUUUUUGGGGUCCCACUCCCUCUUCUGUAUAUCGGGAUAGCUGCAACUUUGGUAGUGAUCAUAGGCUCAAGUCCGUGGAAAAGUGCUUUAUUGAUCCAUAAAGUGCAACAAACAUAUAAUAAAAUACUUAAGAUAAAAGUAGGUAAAAUAAAGAGUACUUACAGUUUAUCUUUUUAGUGAGCAAAACUUGUUUUGCCUCUCUCUGAGGCUUCUUCAGUUGCUGUCUUCUUUUUAAAUGGUGCUAAAUGGUGCUUGAUUGCCACUUCCCGGUGUUCGGUAUUUGUACCGGAAAUGAUGUCCAUCUAUUUCUGGUUUUGCGUUCCACCGGUGGAACCGGUAAUCUCUCCGUGUUGGAACGCAACCUUGCGUUCCACUGUGUUAUUUCCUCUUGUCAAAGAGGUGCAGGAAGUCCUCCUAUUUGGAAUGCAACUGUGUGUUCCACCGCUAUUGGAUGCUGUGCUCACAUGUACAAUAGUCUAAAUUGUCCAUAACAAACUUAGUGUUGUGCUUUGGAAAAAGCAAAAAGGAAAUAAUUUUGAGUACACUUCUGUGAGAACAUCCAUUCCUUGUUGUGUAAAUGAAUUGUUUGGCACAAUUUAGAUGUGCUUGGAAGCUCUAUUUUUAAUAAAGGCCUUCUGUCUUUGUGAUCUACCCAUUAGCCUAGACAUGUGCAGAUUGUAGACACUUGAGGAGUUACUGGUACCUGCUAGGAACUACUGUAGCUCCUUCGGUGAUGUUGUUGGCCUCACUAGCUUCCCUGAUAAGUAUUCUUUCUUCUUGUCCUCUCACCAACAUUGAUGGGUCGGCCCAACCUUUCCAUUGUCUCUGUGGUGCCAUAUAUUCUUAUUGAUAAUGGUAUUGGCAAAGCUUCAUAGUAAAUCAAGUGCCUUUGAUAUUAUAUCUCUUUAACCAGGUGUAUGCUAUUUACCAUCGGGCAUGAUUUACAGUGUGAUUGGGUAACUCAGAACACAGCUUGAGUCGCCGUUAUGAAAGUGUAUGCAGACUUAUGUAAUCAGAGUGUUAUAGUUUUUACAUUUUUUUUUUUAAUAUAUUUAAAAUGUUCCUAAUGAUUAUUUUUUCUCUGGAUUUUUGUAUGUCGGAAAAUACUGUUACAGAUGGAAGAAAAUCUGACAUUUACCUUGUUUUCAUUUCUGUGUUUACAUUUUAAAAACCUGCGAUUUCUUAAUAGUAUAUGUAUAAUUUUAUAUCAACAGUAGGCAAUAUCAUGGUCAUGCAUAGUAUAUAUAACCUUUAUGGAAUGUCAGGGAGGGUGCAUUCUCCAUUAGGUCCCCUGUAACAAUGCACAAAUUGAAAACCCUCAGACCAGAAUGUAGAUAAUAAUGAAAACGGCAGCACAAACCUUCAAAAUAUUAAGAUGCUCGUUGAUUAAGUGAAUACACCAAAACAGGUCAUAUCUGAAACAAUCAAGUCAUUUAUCAAAUGUUACAAAGGCUUGGCAAAGACCUAUUUGUGUUGAAAAAUUACCAGGUCAGUUUUAUAGCUGAAUAAACAUCAGGUCGUCACAUGUUGGAUUGAAGAUUUCUUAUUUGUGUCCUCAUAUUCUCUGUUUUUGUUGCAAUAACUUGGCUCUCCCCAAGUUAAAAGGGUAAUCCAGACGUGGACCCCGUGCUCACUGUGCCUAGUGGGGUAUCAGCUACACGUCGCUGACGAGGCCCAAAGAAGCAGAACAAUUGACCGGGAUUACUGUACCUCUCGUGCAGCGAGGACUUACCGGCAUUUCGGUUCUAGACUGCUCUUUUGGGUGGGAUUAGUCUGAUAUGCCUUGGAACUUAUUCUCUUUGUAAUGGCACAAGUGAGCAAAAUCUAUUUUGAGACCUGAGCAGGAAUUUACCGAAGGGCAAACUACUGAGUUUCUCUAAGCUUUUGUCCGUUCUCAGAGUUCUCAUAUGCUAUGUUUUUCUUAUUUGUGAGUCACACACAAACACACAAUUCGAAAAUCAUUCACAUACAGACAUACACGCAUACAGACCAUACAGACAUGCCACUUAGCUACUCUUCAGCAAUGUUUCUGCUUUAAACAUGGUAUCUACAGGAUAUCUAAUACAGACAUAAAUAUAAAACUGAUGUGGUUAUACAUGUGCUCUUGAUUAAAAAAAUACAAUGCACACCAUACGUUAAUUCAAAAAUAUUCUCACUAAUGGUAAGAACUCUUAAAGGGAACCUGUCAGCACAUACCUGACCCUCCACAACGCAGUAGGAUUACAAAGGUGGGUGUUUCUCUUCUGUAACAUCCACCUCUGGUCUACCUUCACUCCGCCCAGUUUCUUUAUUGCCAGCAUGCUAGCGUCUGAACGGAGUGACAUUAUGUCACUGCAUUCCUCUCUAUAGCCAGCGCUAACAGCAUAGGGCAGGGGUAGGCAACCUUUGGCACUGCAGAUGUUGUGGACUAUAUCCCCCAUAAUACUCUUACACCCAUAAUGCUAGCAAAGCAUCUGGAGUGCCGAAGGUUGCCAAUGCCUGGCAUAGGGUGUAGAUAGGAUAAGGACCCCAUGUUGGUGGUCUCUUUUGCUCUUCAUUAUUAAUCAAUUAUUUAGCAUAGAGUCUAUGCCAAACAAUUGAUUAACAGCUGGGAGAAAACCCUGAAUUUAAACAGAUAUUUCUCCCAAUCUACACAUUUUCAAGCAAAACUGCUAGCACAAUGAGUAGUUGAAAUAUUAUGCUGUUUAAAAAGAGCUAAAUUAUUUUCCCCAUGACAGGUUCCUUUUAAGGAAUUUAUUUAAAUGUCUAUGUUACUAGUGAGGUAUAUAUAUAUUAUUAUAUUACUGGGGACCCAGCCAGGUUUAAUAGUGUUUGAGUUACUCACUAAACCAGGAAUCAUGGAGAAAUGACAUACAGGGAUACAAUUUUGUCAAAAAUAUAUUAACAAUUAUCAAAAUAGUAAAAAAAUCUAAAUUUUUUCAUAUCAAAUCAUUUAAGAAAAAUGUAUACAAAAAUAUGAAAUCAUUUGUACAGCUUCUCUAACAUAUUAAAUCGAGGCCUAAGAUGAACCAUUUUCUCCUGUCUAUAGAAUUUUAAUUACAUCAAUAAAAGCUACGUUUUAUUUAUAUUAACAUUGCUAUUGGAUGUGGCUUCGGGAUCCUUCUUGUGUAAAGCGUAUACUAGAUACUAAAUUGCAAUUGUUAGGUACAAAUGCCAAAUUCACAUGAUACAUCGACAUGCCAACAAACCAUUUCAAAUGUAUUCCAUGUUUGUUUCUCCAUUCUGAUAAUUUUCUCAAUUUCUGGUUUACUGAAUAAUCCUCUUUGUGACUUUUUAUCUUGAUCUUUAAGACAAUGGUUAAUGAUAUAUCCCCUUUAAUGUUCUCCUCCUGUCAUUUUCACAGAACCAGACUUUCCAUGCCUCAGUCACACUCUCUGUGCAUGCUACUCAACGGGAAACAAAUGACAAGCCUUACGCUCACCAUGUCCGAGAUAUACACAGAAUACCACGACCAUGAUGGAUUUUUGUAUAUGACAUAUAUGUUGCAGGAUGUGUUUGGCUGA